CCCCAUUUAGUCUUUAGGGAAGUCAUUCAUGGGCAAGAUGACAGAAGGGCGUGAAGUGAAGUCAGUCGACUUUCGAGGCAGCAGCAGCUACGAGCUCUUGAAACUUUGACGCUGAACAACAUGAAGAUGAACAUCAACGCUAGGCAAUAAUGAGAGUCGAAGCGCCACAAUGAGGAUAAAUAAAACCCUUCUAUGAGAUUUUUCACCGUGGCUGUCCGAGGUAUCACCUUGGGCCUUUCAUCCAUGACGCCAGCCGCUACCUGGGACCCCCGCUUCAAACCCAAAUGGCGGGCAAUCGCUGUGGCCUCCCUGCUAGCUUUAGUGCUCAUGCUGUACCUUCACCACACUGGAGGGGACGGAGACUAUCCGGCCGUUCAUUCCUCCCGCAACAGUUUGCAAAUGUAUCAUCAGGGCGACGACAGCACAUUCUGGGAGACUCAUAGACGGAAUAUUCGUUUCUCCAGGCUUCAGGAAUGGGAAAAACCUUACAAUGGCACGUAUCCUCUAAGUCUGCCUGUGAAGACCAACUACGGCGUCAGGUAUCGCAUCGCAGUCAUUGCAGACCUGGACACAGCCUCGCGCGACCCCAACGACCGAACUUGGUUUAGCUACAUGAAAAGGGGUCACGUGAUCGUUUCGGAACGCGCCGACAGAGUGGAUGUUGAAUGGGACGAGGAGACCAUCACGCUGGAGAGUCACCUCGCGGAGAAAGGACGAGGUAUGGAGCUGUCCGAGCUAGUGGCGUUCAAUGGGCAUUUGUACAGCGUGGAUGACCGCACUGGUGUGGUGUACAGGAUCGAGGGAAGGCAAGCAGUCCCCUGGGUCAUCCUACCUGAUGGCAAUGGUUCUGUUUCUAAAGGCUUCAAGGCAGAGUGGCUCGCAGUGAAGGACGAGCACUUGUAUGUCGGCGGUCUCGGCAAGGAGUGGACCACCACUACUGGAGAGGUAGUCAACCAGCACCCACAGUGGGUCAAAGUCGUGGGAUACAACGGUGACGUCCAGCAUAAGAGCUGGGUGUCCUACUACAACGCCCUGCGGAACGCCGCGGGGAUCAAACCACCAGGCUACCUUAUCCAUGAAUCUGCGGCAUGGAGUGAGCGUCUUCAACGCUGGUUCUUCCUACCUCGCCGGGCCAGUCACCAGCGCUACGACGACAGUGCCGACGAACGACGCGCUACCAACCUGCUGCUGUCCUGCCGGGCCGAUUUCAGUGACAUAACCACGCAGCGUGUCGGGCCUCUAAACCCCACCCACGGCUUUUCGUCGUUUAAGUUUGUUCCCGACACGGACGAUCAGAUAAUUCUGGCAUUAAAAUCUGAGGAGGAUGGAGGCAAGGUCGCCUCUUACGUCAUUGCGUUCACGCUCAGCGGCUGGGUGCUGAUGCCAGAAACAAAAAUUGGAGAUGUCAAGUAUGAAGGACUGGAGUUUAUUUAAAAAUGAUGGAGCUGCUACUUUUUUUUUUUUUUUAAUUAAUUAUUAUUAUUAUUAUUAUUUCUAAAGUAUGACCCCCUUCAUAGUUUGUAACAGUGAGGGAUGAAAAAUCCAACUUAAUUAAGGCACACUGGUAAUGGUCAUAAAUAAGCACAGACAAAAAUAUACGUUGUCUUCUGCAGGUAAACUGCUGGUCAGACUCUCAGGAGAACAAAGUAAAAAUCUGAUAUUAUUGAAUGUUGAUUAACUACUUGAAAUAAAUCUUUCAUAUUUAUACUGAAUACAUUUUAAAUAUUUUACCAAGACCUAAUGAUUCCAUAAAUCAAGUGCAAGGGCUAUUUUAUUUAAAGAUAAACCUUUAAUAUAUUCCUUUUGCUUCUAAUCCAGAUAACUAAAUAAAAGCAUCCGUACAGUUUGAGUUUGGAUUUCUUUUUAACCUUAUGUGAUGUUUUGAGACAUUAUUUUCAUGUAAUAUUCACUUUUCUAAAAACCUUUUUAAUGACUGACUUACUGCACUUCUGUGAAGUUAUAUUACGUGAGGAAUUUACACAAGUUGGAGAGAAGUGAUACCUACAAUAUAUGUACACUAUAUUAGAAACAAGGUUUUCGAACCUGUGCAUAUGCACAAACUGGAAUUA